UUUGUUUGAUAACGUUUACUCCUUAUGUCCCCAAUAAUUGUAUGCUUCAAUUUCAACCUAUUAAUAAAUUCUAAUGGGCUUUCAUUAAAUCGUGCAAUAAUUCUCAAAUACUCGCCCCGGUUACGACCUAAUAAAUUGGUAUUUGUAGUCAAAUCGUCACCGUUGGCGGUUUACCGUUCAAUUAGCACUCUUGACUCAAGUCACAUCUGUAGUUUUUUCUUAACUGUUACCAUGUUACUGGAAUUGUGAACCCAACCCAGAAAAAAUCAAUUACAUAAUAAUAAUAUUAUUAUUAUUUCUUUGGACUUUGGAGUCGUGUGUUACUAUCACAGUUUAACUAUAAAAAUACUGUUGUUGAUUAAGAUUAAUAUUAUAGUUUUUAUAAUUAUUAAUUUUUAAAUAUUAAUAAAUAAUAACCUAUUACUAGGUUGUUGUCUAUAAAAUCGAGGAGCUUUCAUACCAAUCUAAACAUGCAACUUGGUCAGCGGACACUUACGUUAGACAACAUGAACCCAAAUAUUAAGGUGAUGGAAUAUGCAGUCAGAGGGCCCUUGGUAAUUAGAGCUACAGAAAUUGAAAAUGAAUUAAAAAAAGGUGUCAAAAAACCAUUCAACGAAGUACUUAAAGCAAACAUUGGGGAUUGUCAUGCAAUGGGACAAAAACCUAUUACAUUUAUAAGACAAGUACUUUCCUUAGUUUCACAACCAGAAUUAUUGGAUGAUGCUCGUUACCCAGAUGAUAUAAAGAAACGAGCAAAGGACAUAUUAGAUGGAUGUCGUGGUGGCAGUGUUGGAUCAUAUACCGAUUCGCCUGGCAUAGAAAUAAUACGUAAACAUGUGGCACAAUAUAUUGAACGCCGCGAUGGUGUCCCAUGUGAUUAUUUGAACGUUAUUUUAUGCGCUGGUGCAUCUGAUGGAAUCAAGUCUAUUCUUCGAUUGAUGGUGGCUAAUGUUGAUGGAAAGAAACCUGGUGUUAUGAUUCCUAUUCCUCAAUAUCCAUUGUAUUCUGCUACAUUAGCAGAAUUUAAUAUGGCGCAGAUUGGAUAUUACUUAGAUGAGUCUAAAAACUGGGGAUUGGAUAUGAACGAACUAGAACGUUCACUUGCAGAAGCCAGAAAGCAUUGUAAUCCUAGAGCUAUUGUAGUUAUAAAUCCAGGAAAUCCGACUGGUCAAGUUUUAACUAAAGAAAAUGUAGUUGAUGUCAUUAAAUUUGCAUAUAAAGAAAAAUUAUUUUUACUUGCUGAUGAGGUAUAUCAGGAUAAUGUUUAUGCUGAAGGAAGCCAAUUUUAUUCAUUUAAAAAAAUUUUAACCGAGCUAGGACCUCCUUAUAGCGAAAUGGAGUUGGCAUCAUUUAUGUCUUGCUCUAAGGGUUAUAUGGGAGAGUGUGGUUUAAGAGGAGGUUACACUGAAGUUAUUAAUUUAGAUUCAGAUGUCAAAGCAAUGUUAAAUAAAAGUAUUUCAGCCAUGUUGUGCCCUACAGUUCUUGGUCAAACAGUUAUGGAUUGUGUUGUGAAUCCCCCACAACCGGGAGAACUGUCUUAUGAAAGUUUUCAAACAGAAAAAACUAGUGUAUUAGAAUCAUUGAAAGAACGAGCAAUAUUAGUGGCGGAUACAUUUAAUAGUAUUCCCGGUGUGUCUUGUAAUCCAGUUCAAGGAGCCAUGUAUGCUUUUCCUCAAAUCCAAUUACCAGAAAAAGCUAUUAAAGAAGCAAAAAAUCAAGGAAUCGAUCCCAACGCGUUUUAUGCAUUUCAGCUUUUAGAAAAUACUGGUAUUUGUAUUAUUCCUGGUUCUGGUUUUGGUCAAACCGAAGGAACAUAUCACUUCAGAACUACUAUUCUACCACAACUGGAUAAACUUGUUACCAUGCUUGAGAGUUAUAAAAAUUUUCAUUUAAAAUUUCUUGAGCAAUGGAAAUAAGUAUUGAAUAACAAUUUGGGCAAUAGUAAUAUAAUAAAUGUUUAAUAUUUAAUUAGUUAGUUGUAUCAACAAAUUAUGUCUAACAUUAACAAUAGGUAGUAUAGUUAAACUGAUUAGCCACUUCAGAAUUUUCCUAAAUUUUACAAACUUUGUUGACCAAAGAUAAAUAUUACUGUAGUUUGUACUUUGUUUAAAAACAAAUUUAAACUUUACUAGACAGUUAUGUUCCUAAUCUUAAAAUUAUUUUACAUAGUUCUUAUUUAUUUGACUUUUUUUGGUUUCAAACUUGUGUUCUUUAUAUUACUAUUAGCCAUACUAUUUAUCUCUGUGUUUGACCAAUGAUUACCGACUAUUUAUAUUUUAUCCUUUUGAUGUUACCUUAACUAUUGUCAUUUCCAAGACUGUAAAAACCAAAAUUAUUAUAUAUUUAUUUAACACCUUAUUUCAAUGACCUUUGAUUCCUAAACUAAAAACUUGAAUACUAUCUAUUAAGAAUAAUUCAGCGAUGGUAUCAUAUAGGUAUCGUUGAUAUGAGCGAUAGGAUUUCAAGUUAUUAUAUUUAAUAGUAUAUAACGUAAUAUCUUUUUUUCUUAUUUAAUGGAAUGUAAUAAUUAUCGUCCAUCCAUUUUCGUACUUAUUAUAAAUUACUAUGACCAUAUUCAUCAUUAUAACAUUUUUAAACAUCAAAUCUUAAUAAUUCUUGAAUUGUAUGACUUUUCCUUAUUUAAUUUAUAGCUAAUAAUGUUUAGGGAUACUUGUUUUUAUUUUCUGUAAAAUGAUUCAUAUAAUAACUGACCAUACCCUAUUUAUAUCCAUCCUACUACUACUUAAUUUAUUUAACAUCUUGGCUAUUUUUUUAAGCAUUUAUCAUUUACAACUCAUGACUAAAAAAAAUUGUUUUUAUUUUACAUUAUGUAUACUUUUGUUUUUGUUUUUAUUGUUGUUAUAGAUAAUUAAAUGUUUCGUGUAUACUAAAUUGUAUACGGUAAAUAUUCACAUUUAAUAUAUUUUAUUGAUAUAGUUUCAGAUUAAAAAGUAACUAUGUAAUAACAUUGCUAAUGUAAUGUCGGUUAAAUAUGCUUUUUAACAUUAAAAUAUAUUAAAUAAGAUAUUAAUAUGUAUUUUAAUAAAACAACUUAGUGCUAUCAA